AUGCUCAUCGAAGUCCUGUUACUCUUAUUCGCCUAUUCUAGUAGAUGGGGCGGCAUUUCUGUAGUACUCGCACAGUCGGGUAGUACAGGAACAAGCUCCUCGGUAGUAUCCACCACUACCGGUAUACCGAGUUCCACAAGUGUCUCCACGGCUACGGUUACGUUUCUUCCAAUCGGUUCGAUUCCUCGUGAUUACACACCGGAAGGACUAGAACAGUUAUGGGAUAUCGUCGGGCCUGUCGAGCCGCCUCCAUUCACCACUACCCGCGUUCCCACUGCAGCGGUGACCCUGCCGCCAUCUCCCCCGCCUUUGUAUCCAUCCUUCUAUGCUCAGGCCCCGAAGGAUGUCUUGCCAGACUUGAAAUUCCCCAAAGGCUUCAAAUUCGGAGUCGCCACGGCCGCGUACCAAGUUGAAGGAGCCGCGAAGGAUGAGGGCAAGGGACCGACAAUGUGGGACUGGGCUACGAGACAGCCAAACGCUACAUACGAUAACACAACUGGCGAUAUUGUCGAUCUUCAAUAUUUCUUGUACAAAGAAGACGUCCAACGGAUCGCUGCUCUUGGUGUAACUGCACAUUCCUUCUCUAUCUCGUGGGCAAGGAUCUACCCAUUUGGCGCUGCUAAUUCUCCCAUUAAUACGGCUGGCAUUGAUCACUACUCUGAUGUCAUCGAUUACCAUUUGGAUCAUGGUGUGGAGCCUGUUGUAACACUAUUUCAUUGGGAUACACCUCUAGCCCUUCAGGCGUACUACGGAGCUUUCACGUCGCCGCAAAUAGUCGAUGACUUUGUAAACUAUGCCAAGACAGUAUUCCAGGCAUACAACGGCCGUGUUAAAACUUGGUAUACCUUCAAUGAACCGGGCGCUUAUUGUAACAAGAUUACAGCUUAUCCUUUCAAUGUUACACUCGCGCCUAGUGUUAACUCGUCUACCGCUUUUUAUCAAUGUGCAUACAAUCUAUUAAGGGCUCAUGCAGGAGCCGUCAAGGCAUUCCGUGAAAUGCGCAUAUCGGGAGAGAUUUCCUUCAAAAACUCUGGUGACAUAGGUACACCAUGGAGAAGCAACUCUACCGAAGACGCCCUUGCGGUCGAACGCAAGGCAGCAUUCGAUAUAGGUCUUUUCGCAAACCCUGUAUACACAACAGGUGAUUGGCCUGAUAUUGUCAAGGACACCCUCCCGGCCGAUUAUCUGCCCCGCUUCACCGACGAGGAAAAGACGGACCUUCUUGGCUCUGCAGAUUUCUUUGCCAUUGAUCCCUAUCACUCGACAUGGAUAAAGGCACCGGACGAAGGAAUCGAUGCAUGCAUAACAAAUACUUCCAAUCCCUUGUGGCCUGGUUGUAAUGAACCCGUAUACUUUGACUCGGGUUACGGCUGGUCCGCAGGUCCCGCUUCUGGCCAACAGGCCUAUUCCGUACAAGCAACGCCGGUGGCUAUCCGUACUUUGUUCAAGGGUAUCCAUUCUCGAUGGCCGAGUAAUAAAAUGUAUGUUUCCGAGUUCGGUGCUGUUGAACCUCUCUCCUUCCCGGGUACAGAUAUAUCGAUAAUAAAGGACGAUGUGCUCCGAACGAACUACUACCUGACGUAUCUCGGUGAGAUGUUGCUGUCCAUACACGAAGACGGUGUUCCAAUAGACGGCGCUUUCGCUUGGGCAAUGAUUGAUAAUGCAGAAUGGUCAUUCGGGACAAUUGUCAGGUUCGGUAUUCAGUACGUCGAUUACACGACAUUGGAGCGGACAUACAAGCGUUCGGCAUUGUCCUUGUGUGAGUUGCUUGAUGCCUUCCAAUGUAGCCAAGAUUUACAAUCACGAAUAGCGGAAUUCUUUGGGUCGCACCUUCAAAACUGA